CCCCGCCCUUCUUGAGCGCGGCGGCUUGGCGGGAAUUUCGUCUGUUUGGGAUCUAGACCCCUGGACUCGCUGGCCCUGGCCGGCACGGCUGGGGCGGGUCUCGGGGACUCAGAGUGAGUAGGACAUGGUAAACAAUGGAUAACUGUCCCUCUGCGUCCACGUUUCUGACCGACAGCUUGGAACUGGAACUGGAGACAGAAUGGUGCAGUCCCCCUUGCUUUUCUUGUGAUUUUGACAACAGAGGAGGAGGAAAACAUUUUUCUGGCGAGUCCUACCUUUCCAGCGGAGCUCUUAAGCGGGUAAUUUUGAAUCUUGAUCCUUUACCAACUAAUUUUGAAGAGGAUACAGUGGAAAUAUUUGGCAUUCAGUGGGUUACUGAAACAGCAUUAGUGAAUUCAUCUAGAGUUCUGUUUCAUCUAUUCAGGCAACAGCUCUACAACUUGGAAACCUUAGUACAGGCCAGCUGUGAUUUUGGGAAGAUAUCAACGCUGCAUUGCAAGGCACACAAUAUUAGGCAGAACUGCAUAACAUUUCUUCAUUAUGUUAAAGUUUUCAUCUUCAGGUCCCUGCAAGUACACAAUGCUGAAAGUCAUGUUCCUGUCCAUCCCUACGAGACUUUGGAGGCACAGCUUCCCUCAGUGUUGGUUGAUGAGCUUCAUGGGUUACUCUUGUAUAUAGGACACCUAUCAGAACUUCCCACUACGAAUACAGGAGCAUUUGUAAAUCAAAACCAGACCAAGCUUUACCCACCGUCAUGGCAUUUAUUACAUCUCCACCUAGAUAUCCAUUGGCUGGUGCUGGAAAUUCUUCACAUGCUUGGGGAAAAAUUGAAACAAGUUGUAUAUAGUCAUCAGUUUAUGAAUCUGGCAGGUGACAAUUUAACCAAUGUCAGCUUAUUUGAAGAACAUUGUGAAAAUCUUCUUUGUGAUCUAAUAAACCUGUCCCUCAACAGGUAUGACAAGGUUAGGCCUUCUGAGGCAUUAAUGAGUCACCAUUGCUCAUGUCCAUGCAUUAAAGAAUUAUGGGUUCUACUCAUUCACCUUCUUAAUCACAGAAGUAAAUGGUCUCUCUCAGAAUCAUUUUGGAACUGGUUGAAUAAGCUACUCAAAACACUUUUUGAAAAAUCAAAUGACCAAAGAAGAUCUGUGCUUAUAGUCCAGCCAAGAGACCCAUUGGGUUUUAGUUGGUGGAUUAUUACUCACGUAGCAUCAUUUUAUCAGUUCGAUCGCCAUGGAACACCAGAUGAAAUGAGACAAAUGGAAUCAAACUGGAACUUUGUAGAAGAACUGCUGAAAAAGUCCAUCAGUGUUCAGGAUAGAAUACUAGAAGAGCAGUUACGAAUGUAUCUUCACUGUUGUUUGACCCUUUGUGAUUUCUGGGAGCCGAACAUUGCAAUUGUCACCAUUCUGUGGGAAUAUUACAGUAAGAACCUGAAUAGUUCUUUCAGUAUUUCUUGGCUUCCUUUAAAAGGCCUUACAUAUAUCAUUAAGUCACCCUUGUCUAUGCUAGAAAUGGUGAAGACCUGCUGCUGUGAUAAACAAGAUCAUGACCUGUGUAAAUCCAGCAGUAGUUACACUAUUUUCCUUUGCAUUUUGGCAAAAGUUGUCAAGAAAGCAAUGAAAAACAAUGGUCCUCAUCCUUGGAAACAAGUCAAGGGAAGGAUAUAUUCUAAAUUCCAUCAAAAAAGAAUGGAAGAACUAACUGAAGUUGGUCUGCAGAACUUUUUCAGUCUUUUCCUCCUGUUAGCAGCUGUGGCAGAGGUGGAGGAUGUAGCAAGUCAUGUUUUAGGCCUCCUAGAUUUCCUCAAGCCUACUUUUAAAACCUCUCCUCUCAUCUGGAACGGUCAGAUGGCCUUCCUCUUGAUGUAUACCCAGAAAAAUCUGGACAUUGGUGUUUUGGCUGAGAAAUUUUCAAAUGCUUUCCGGGAGAAAGCAAAGGAGUUCUUGGUAUCUAAGAAUGAUGAAAUGGGACAGAGACAGACUCUGUGGACACUUCUUUCCAUAUAUAUGGACAGUGUUCAGGAGGUGUUUGAGACAAGCCAUUGCUUGCAUCCUUCUCAUGAAAAACUGCUUAAUGAUGGUUUUAGCAUGCUUCUACGAGCUUGUCAAGAAUCUGAACUUAGGACAGUAUUGAACUUUCUACAAGCUGUUCUGGCCAGAAUCAGGAGUAUGCGUCAACAAUUGUGUCAGGAACUGCAAAGGGAGAAUGGGGACCUCAUUGUGCAGUCUUCAUUAUCGACUAAAGAGCGCCACCUUGCUGCAGUGGCCAGUGCGCUCUGGAGGCAUUUCUUUUCGUUUCUGAAGAGUCAGAGGAUGUCACAGAUAGUGCCUCUCUCGCAACUCGCGGAUGCGGCCGCAGAUUUUACUUUGCUGGCAAUGGACUUGCCCAGCACUGCCCCAUCAGAUCUUCAGCCUCAGCCAGUUACAUCAAUGAUACAACUCUUUGGUUGGGAUGAUAUCAUCUGGCCCCAAGUUGUAGCCAGAUAUUUAAGCCAUUUCCUACAGAAUAGCAUGUUAUGUGAAGCACUUUCUCAUUCAGGCUGUGUAUCUUUUCAAGCCCUAACUGUAAGAUCAUGGAUCCGUUGCAUUUUGCAAAUGUAUGUAAAAAACCUUCAUGUGCCAGAUGACUCAUUCAUUGAUCUAAAUCCUGAUCAGGCAGUUGAAAAGGACUACAUGGAACAGUUGACUGAACUGACAAGGUUGCUAUUUAAGCUAUCAGAAGUAAAGAAUAUUUUCUCAAAGUCUCAAGUUGAAUAUUUACCCAUCCCAGAAGAUCCUAAAAAAGCACUUGUUCGGUUCUUUGAGGCUGUUGGUAUAACUUACGGGAAUCUGCAGACAUUUUCUGAUAAAUCUGCCAUGGUCACAAAGUCCUUAGAAUACCUUGGUGAAAUAUUAAAAUAUAUAAAACCUUAUUUGGGAAAAAAAGUUUCCAGUGCAGGGCUGCACCUGACUUAUACGAUGAUGGGAAUUCUAGUUAAAUCAUGGGCACUGAUCUUUGCCACCUCUAAAGCCCAAAAAUUACUAUUCCGGAUCAUAGACUGUUUACUGCUGCCGCAUACAGUGUUACAGCAAGAGAAGGAGCUGCCUGCGCCUAUGUUGACUGCAAUUCAGAAGAGUCUUCCUUUGUAUCUCCAGGGCAUGUGUAUUGUGUGUUGUCAGUCUCAAAAUCCAAAUGCCUAUCUGAAUCAAUUGCUGGGGAAUGUUAUUGAGCAGUAUAUCGGGCGAUUUCUUCCAGCCUCAGCUCACGUCUUAGGUGUUGGACAACAUCCCGUUUUGUUGGCACUGAAGAACUCAGCCAGUGUUCCACCAAUGUCAUUGCUAAAGAAAUGCAUUGUCCAUGUCAUAAGGAAGUCCUACUUUGAGUUUAAAGGAUCCUUGCUGCCUCCUCGUUUGGCAUCCAUUCUGGCCUUCAUCCUCCAGCUUGUUAAGGAAACUAACACUGAUGUUUCUGAGAUUGAACUACUCCUCCCUGGAGUAUUAAAAUGCUUGGUGCUGGUCAGUGAACCUCAAGUUAAAAGGCUGGCCACCGAGAACCUGCAAUGCAUGGUCAAAGCCUGCCAAGUGGGGUCAGGAGGAGAACCUGCCGCCCAGCUGACUUCUGUGUUUAGGCAGUUUAUUGAAGAUUAUGGUAUGAGAUAUGAUUAUCAGAUUUACAGCAUUUUAGAAGCAGUAGCAGCAUUGGACCCGCAGGUUGUUAUCCACUUGGUUCCUGCCCUUACUCAAUCUCUGAAGAAUUCAGAGCGGAAAUCGGGCCUUGGCAGAAAUACUGCACAAAGGGAAGCCUAUAGCAAGCUUUUAUCUCAGCUAGGACAAGUGGGACAAGAUGAGAUAAAGAACCUGCAAAAUGAUCAUGUCGAAUCUAUUUUGUGAUUUCAUCCUCAACAUUAAUUAUAACUACCUAAAGCCACUUUGUGCCAUUUGACUCCUACCUUUAUUAAUUGUAUAAUGUUCUGUUAAAAUACUUUCUAGGAUCUUUUCCGUACAUACCUGUAAGUAUAAAGUAUAUAAAUAAGGAAAUAAAAGUUAAAUAUGUUAUAGAAUCUUUGGAACUUGGUAAAACUGCAUUCUGUUUUGAAGCAGUUUUAGUAAACUAAAGAAACUUAAAGUUUUCCUAUCUGGGAGUGUUGUCUGUGCAUGUCUAUGCAGGUUUGUACUGAUUGAUCCAUGGGCGUUUUACUGUAGUGUUGAUUUUUUGCCUUGCAAGUAACUUAUUUCUGUUUUUUGUUUCUUUACAAGUUAUGUUUAAUCAUGACACUAUUUCACCUUACCUGGCUGCCCUGUGCUGGUUUUGUCACUUGGUUGCUUUCUUCUUUGCUUGUUUUUAUUGUUUUGUUUCUUUUGAAGAAUGGUCAGGAGAUAGGACUGUAUAUUUGUUAUCCUUUUUUAUACUAUGUUUGAGGCAAGGUAAUAAAAUUUUUUCAGAGCACACUUAACUCUGAGCAAUGAAACUGAAUCUGGCUAAGGGAUUAUACAGAUAUAUAUAUAUAUUUUUUUUUUUUUUUUUUUUACUUGGGCUAACAGUGUUUAUACUUUGGGUCCAACAGUUGCCAGAUGUUUUUCUCUAUUCAUCCUUUCUUUUGGAGUUGUCAUAUCAAGAGGAGGAUAAAUAAGACCCUUUAAAAAGAGAAUAAAUAAUAUUCUGGAAAUUUUCUAAGGUUACAAAUUAACAGAAGAGUUCUGGAAAGUCAGCCGAAUUAUCUACUUGCUCCUCAACUAGAGCCUCUUAUAAACUGGCAUCUUACAUAUUUGCAGGGAACCAGCUUAGUUUCCUGUAGCAAUUCAUCUCUCAACCCUUUAACUAUCUGAAAUUUCAGAUUUAUUUUACUGGUUGGGCUUUGUCCUUGACUCCUUUUUCUAGUGAGCAUUAUUGGGUAAAAACAGUUCCAAUCUUAGUGCUGAGAACCCAUGGGGGUCUUAAACCCAGCCCUACUUUGUGACCGUGAGCAGAUUCCUGAUCUUUUCUUAGUCUUAGUUUCUUCAUGGAGAAAAAUGAGUAAUAAUACUUCUUGAAAUUUCACAAUGUUCUGCUAAGAAUCAGUGGGAUAACCGAUUUAUAAUCAGGUAAUUAAAAUGUGUGUGACAGUAUUUGGUGACCUACAUUCUGUUAGGUACACAGACAUGAUUACUGUAUCUCAUGCACAAAAGUAAAGAAACUUCUCAAUUUUGUUCUUCUCUAAUGGCAUGUCCUAGAUGAGUGAUUCCACUUCUUACAUGUCAUGUUUGCUAACUUUGAAAUAAUUUGUUCUCUUCUGGGGCCUCUAGUGUUUAUCAUGGUUUUACUAUUCCUUCAGGAAAACAUUUUCAGCCCUUUUCUGGCUCAAGUAUCUUUUAAAAUGAAUUGCACUGCAGUCAGGAAACUAUAGUUAGUUAGUAGCCCUUUCCUAACAGGAAUUUGUGAAGUCUAAAGGACUUCAUGACCUAUAAAUGGUCUAUUUUACCCCUAAAUAAACUAAUUCAAUAAAUGGGAUGAAUAAAAGCCUCUUUAAGGUUACUGAAGACGUCAUAGCAAUGAAUUUCUUUUCAUUAUAAUAGUGACUUACUAAUGAUGUAUUAUUUUGCAAGUUUUAGCAGUUGAAAUUUAAAAUAUUUAAUGGAGUGCCUUUAAAGGGUUAUUUAUGUGUGUGUGUAUGUGUGUGUGUGUAUUCCUCCUCAAGGGAAGCUGAUAAAGAUGUCUUAGAUAAUCUUGCUCUUAGCUUAUGAAACUUUUUAAGGGUUAAGAAAAUCUGUUACUGAAUCAUGCAUUAGGAUAUGUACCUGUGUAUAUUAAGAAUAAAUUUAUACUUAAAACUCAGUAACAAGAAAGUCUGUAACAUGUAUAUGUAGAUAUAUUUUUUUAAUUUGUGUAUCAGUAAAAUUUUAAAGAAACUGUUUUAUUCAUUGAAGAAAAAAGAAAAUUUAUGAUUCAGUUCCAUUUCUUAAAAAUCUUCACUGACCCUUACUACUAUAGUCUGAUCUCUUUCCAUUCCCAGAUUUAGAAUAACCUUAUAGUUGCUUCCUUCAUGUUCUUUUCCCCCUAAAAUCCCUGUAAUAUCUGAGGUGACUGCUUCUACCAUUGUUAAGGGAAGCCAGUCUCUCGCGGUCGAAUCUGGAAUGUGCUCUCGUUUUCCUUGGGCUUUGGCGCCCCUGUGACUGCAUUCUCUUCUAUCUUCUCGUGCCUUCCUCAGCGAUACUGCUUCUUCCUACAUACACAGUUAACCUUCUUGUCCCCACUGGUGAGAUCUGGCCCUUCACCCGCUCUGUCUCAGCAUUCUUCUGGUAGUGAACCGAGAAGACUAGCUCCUAACUUUAUCUUUCACAUCUGUGUCUAGUACCACUUCUUCUCUAAACCUAUCUAGUUAGAUUCUCCUGGAAUCUCAGGGCAACAUCAAGCUGCCUUUGUCACCUUCUUUUCCAGAGAAGGUGACAGUCUUUGCCUUCAUUUUCUACCCAGAGCAUACACCACUUUCCCACUUCACUUAACCUUGAUGUUUCUUGUAUUCUUCAUUGUUCCCCACUUUUCAUCUGAUCAGCAGUACAGGCUCUUGCUUUUUUUUUUCUUUUUGCCAUCACGUGCAUCCAAAUUUAUUAGGCACUAUAAUCACCUCCUUAUCUCCGGAUUAUUGAAAUUUAUUCUUCACAUAAUUCUGACGUUAAUGUUCCUAGAAGACUACUUUCAUCUUGUUACUUUUCUGCUCAAGGACCUCCAUUUACUUCCCAUUGUUAAUCUGAUAGUGAAGCCCUUCUGUCAGGAGAAUUUCUGCCACCUGACACUAUACUUUCUCUUUCCAAACUCAACUCAAGCAGGAGAGUAGACGGUCUUGGCUACUUUCGCUGAAUGACAUGUUCAUUCUACACUGUGGGCUUCAUUUAGUUUGCCAGCUUACCACCAUUUCUACAGAAACCUAACUUUAAGAUACUCAAUUAGGAAAAUUAAAAUAUACAUGUUAGGCUUCCUUGGUGGUUCAGAUGUUAAAGAACCUGCAAUGCAGGAGACCUGGAUUCCAUCUGUGGGGCAGGAAGAUUCCCUGGAGAAGGGAAUGGCUACCCACUCCAGUAUUCUUACCUGGAGAAUUCCAUGGACAAAUAAGCCUGGCAGGCUACACAGUCCACGGGGUUGCAAAGAGUCAGACACUUGUUCAGUUGCUCAGUCAUGUCCGACUCUGCAACCCCAUGGACUGCAGCAGGCCAGGCUUCCCUGUCCUUCACCAUCUCCCAGAGUGGGCUCAAAUUCAGGUCCGUUGAGUCGGUGAUGCCAUCCAGCUAUCUCAUCCUCUGUCAUCCCCUUCUCCUCCUGUCCUCAAUCUUUCCCAGCAUCAGGAUCUUUUCCAAUGAGUCAGCUCUUCACACUGAGUCGAGUCAGGACACUCCUCAGUGACUAACACUUUCACUCUCUAUAUGUAAGUAUCCCAGUCAGUUUCUUUAAAAUAUCAGGUGGAGUGUAAAAGAUGAUUGAAGGACAACACGGUGAUGAAAAGGACUUUUAUUAGACACUCAGAUUUGGUUAUGAUUUAAAUUUCAGUUGAACAUUUAAUUAGGUUUUCUUAGGGGAGAAGACAACAUGGGUGUAUUGUCCCUGUACAAAAUCAUUCAGUAUUCAGUGCAUUUGUACUGGAAGAGUUUCACAGUAUAAACUUUUACAUCCUUCCUUAUUCCUAGCAUAUUUUAUCUUCUUACUAAGCAUAUUUGACUUUUUUGUUUUUUGGGGUAAGUAAAAAAAAUUAUUUGUGGGUUGUUAGGUGCGUAUCUUCACUACACAUUGUUAUUUUUAUCUUCCGCGCUUCAUCACAAAUCUUUAAAACUACUAUUUAUAACUAAUUACAUGGACUCCUUUCCAUGUACAUUCACAGAAGCUUGGCAGUUUUUAUUUUUAGGAUUAUAUAAUCAUAUAAGAAUUUGACAAGCUGUUACAGUUGGGAAAAACCUUUAAGAAAACUACUUUCUCUAAGUUCUGCGCAUCAACUUAACACUUUUUUUCAGAGAUAAAAGGCAGAUAUCAUAGAAACUUCACCAAAAACUGUGUUAUCUGUUCUAAACCACUGGGUUUUGAUUCAUACUCUUUUUUUUUUUUUACAUAAACCUUUUAUCUUCCAAAAACUGAUCUCCUGCCUCCUCCUCCUAGGGUUAAAAAUAUUGCAUUGUCAGUCAAGUGGAGAGUAUGCUACUAUAAAUAAUAGGCUCUGUUUGUGUAAAACAGUUGGGGAACUAGCAAAAUAGUACAUUCUUUCACAUAUUUGAUGUAAGACAUGAGAUUUAUGUUUUGAUUCUGUGAUAAACUAUAUUGUUCAGUUUACCAAAAUCAGUAUCAAAUGAUUAGAACAGACCAGCUUCUGCUUAUUGAAGUUUUUGGUGUGAAGACAGUUACCCAGUUCAUUGCACUUGUGAAUUAUGCUUUUAGAAAAAUUCCGGGCAUUUCUAUUUUAUACACACGUUUUAAGUUAUUUGUGUACAAAGUAAUGAGAUAUAAUAAAAAUGCAUAUAUUCAACUUG